AUCCACCGGCCUUGGCCUCCCAGAGUGCUAGGAUUACACGUGUGAGCCACUGCAGGAGCAUAGUGUUUUACACUACCUUUCACACACACCAUCCUGGCCCAUAUAACUGGAUUUUGCUUUUGAGGGCCUAAGCCAUACCAAACACCCAGUGCCUUCAUGUUUAAAUGAUUUCUUAUCAAUGAGGAUUUUCCUGGAUAUUGAGAGGAAUUAAACCUUUAGUUGGAAAGAGCAUUUGUAAGACUUCUGCUGAUAUGCAUUAAGCAAUCUUCAACCAUUUUAGGGCUGCCUAAGAUGCUGUUUUCAGGCAUACCGAUGUGAUUGAAAAAAUGGACCUGGGAGUCAGACUGCCUAGGUUCAAAUUCUUUCUGUUGCUUACUCGUAGUAUGUCCUUGAACAAGUUACUCAACUGCUUUGUGUCUUUGUUUCCUUGUUUGCCAAGCAAAGAUAAAGCACUUGCCUCAUAGGUUUUCAAUAAAAGCUGUAUCAGGGAAUACAUGUGAAGUGUUUAUUAAUAGAAUAGACCCUUGUAUGUAGUCCACUAUUGGGUUACCAACUAUUACUUCAAAAGAUGGUUUUGCUUCCUACUUGAAAAGAAUGAGGCAACCAGUAUGAAUCCUGUUUAACUUCCUGCUCCAUUAUCUACAAACUUACAGGCAGUCCUCACCCAUUUGUAAUUAAGUAUUUUUCCUUUCCCAGAGGACAGAAAAGGAUUGCUGAGCAUUGUUGAGGCCCAUCUGAGAUUUUGAUAAUUGUAGUAGUCUGUUCAGAUAUUUUAUUUUUAUCAUACCCAAAAACUCAGCUUUCAGACUAGAAAAGGUGAGUGGUUGGAUGAAUCUAGGAUUCAGGGCCUUGUGUAGGGCAGGAGGGCUAGGAGAAUAAGAGGUUAGUAAGUUAAAGAGAUCAGCUGAGCUGAUAUAUUGCAGGGCCUAGGUUAGUUAGGGAAGGAAAUGAUGUUAGGGAGAAAAGAGAAAAAGGAUGAAAUCAAGAGAAGAAUCAUAAUGUUCAGAAAGAGAUUUUCUGUGUAAAAGGUUGAGAGUGUUGCCGAUUAUGUUGCCUGGAUACCUAACCUAUUCUCGGUGUUGGAGAAACAAUCGUGAGAGAGGAUGGCAUUCCCUGUGGAUAUGCUGGAUAAUUGCAGUCAUGAGGAACUGGAAAAUUCUGCUGAAGAUUACAUGUCAGAUUUAAGGUGUGGGGACCCUGACAAUCCAGAGUGUUUUUCUCUUCUCAAUAUUACGAUUCCUAUUAGCCUAUCAAAUGUAGGCUUUGUACCUCUUUAUGGUGGAGAUCAGACCCAGAAAAUUCUUGCUCUUUUUUCGCCUGAGGAUUCACUGACAGCUGUGGCACUUUACCUUGCUGAUCAGUGGUGGGCUAUUGAUGAUAUUGUGAAAACAUCUGCCCCUUCUAGAGAGGGGCUUAAGCAGGUGAGCACUCUUGGGGAGAGAGUGGUUCUUUAUGUUCUGAAUCGAAUUAUUUAUAGAAAACAGGAAAUGGAGAGAAAUGAGAUCCCAUUUCUGUGUCAUAGCAGUACUGAUUAUGCUAAGAUUCUGUGGAAGAAAGGAGAGGCCAUUGGGUUUUAUUCAGUUAAGCCUACAGGAAGCAUAUGUGCCUCAUUUCUUACCCAAAGUUACCAACUGCCAGUUCUUGAUACAAUGUUUCUAAGAAAGAAAUACCGAGGUAAAGAUUUUGGGCUUCAUAUGCUGGAAGACUUUGUUGAUUCCUUUACAGAAGAUGCGCUGGGCUUGCGAUAUCCUCUGUCUUCUCUCAUGUAUACAGCUUGCAAGCAGUACUUUGAAAAGUAUCCAGGAGACCAUGAACUCCUUUGGGAGGUUGAAGGUGUGGGACACUGGUACCAGCGAAUACCAGUCACCAGAGCGUUACAGAGAGAACCACUUAAACUUCCAGCAGUUUCUCAAAUUGAACCUAAAAGACCUAUAUCUGGAGAAUAUGGUCCCGCACCUGUUCCAGAAUACGAAGCAGGAGCUGAAGACAAUCAGUCUAGUGAGAUUCCUCUAACUAUUGAUUCUCUAAAAGAUGCCUUUGCAAGUACUUCUGAAGGUCAUGAUAAAACGCCUGUUUCUACUCGUACUCGCAGUAGUCAUCUAAAGCGGCCAAAGAUUGGAAAACGGUUUCAGGACUCUGAAUUUAGUAGUUCUCAAGGUGAAGAUGAAAAGACUCCCCAGACUUCACCUGCAGCUUCAAUCAACAAACUGGAGUCUACUGCACAUGCAUCAGAGAGCUCAGAAGAAUUCUUGGAAGAAGAACGGGAACAGAGAGUGAUUGAAUUUGAAGAUGAAAGCGGUGAUAAAGAUGCCCAGCCAGCGCCAGAAACCCAGCCACACUUAGAGAAGCAAGAUGGUAAAAAGGACUCUGAAUUAGAGCCUAUGAAUGGUGAGAUAAUGGAUGAUACACUUAAGACCUCACUUAUAACCGAAGAGGAGGACUCCACUAGUGAAGUUUUAGAUGAAGAGUUAAAAUUGCAGUCUUUUAAUUCCAGUGAAGACUCUACAAAUAUUGUUCCACUGGUGGUGGAAUCUUCAAAACCCCCUGAGCCUGAUGCACCAGAUAAGACCCCACGUGUAACUGACUCAGAAACGUUGAUAGAGGAAGGCCCAUCUGAGGAUAAGGGGCACACCGAAGAGAAGUUGUCCCUGGUUUCAAGAAAGAAAGCACAUCUUGGGAGUUCAGACAAUGUUGCUACUAUCUCAAAUGAAGAACGAUCUGACACUGGUUUUCCAAACUCUGUGAUAGCUGAAUUUCCUGAAGAGCCGGUCUCUGAGAAUUUAUCACCCAACACUACUUCUUCAUUGGAAGACCAGGGGGAGGAGGGGAUACCUGAGCCCCAGGAAACAUCUACUCCUCUUCCUCAGAGUUCUCUGAUAGAGGUUGAACUUGAAGAUGUGCCAUUUUCACAGAAUGCAGGACAGAAGAACCAGUCAGAGGAGCAGUCUGAAGCAUCUUCUGAGCAACUGGAUCAGUUUACCCCAUCAGCAGAAAAAGUUGUGGAUAGCAGCUCGGAAGAAAUAGAAGUGGAAGUGCCUGUGGUAGACAGGCGGAAUUUAAGAAGGAAGGCCAAAGGGCAUAAAGGACCUGCUAAGAAGAAAGCCAAGCUGACCUGAAUGAAGAAAUGCAGAUUAUAAAUCCUCUUCUUUGUAACAUAAUUGUUAUUUUUAAAAUAUGGUAAUUAAUAAACAGCAUGGGACACAGGACAAAAAUUUCCAAAAUUUCAAUUUGAACUUAUUUACUAUGCAUUUUUUCUCUUCCCUUUAGGACGUAGGAUUCACCAUUCUUUUUAAUUUUUAGGCUAUUUUUUGUAAAUGCAAUUUUUUAUUUUUAUUAAUCAUGUUUCAAUUUUGGGAAACCAGAUCAUAUUAUAUUUUCUUUAGCGGGUGAGACAUCUGACCAUUAAUAUUUCAAAAAGUGUAAUUAAAAAACUGUGAAAGUAGUAGGCUUUCCAUUACUUGUAAGGAUCACAGAAGUCUUUUUUACAAAGGGUUUCAAUAGUAAAACUUCGUGAGGGUUCCAGAAGUUUUAUCUUAAAUAUCAAAACUAAUCACCAUUUUUAAAAAUGUAGACAUGCCUAAGCAAAAGUGUCAGUAAAUUAGAAUAAAUAAAACUUCAAAUAAAUGAGAGCACAAAAACAGAAAUUUACAGUCAAAGGUUUAUGAAGAUAUUUUGGUUUUGGUCUCUUAAUCCUAGUUGUAGAUGCAGUUUCUUCCAUUGACUUCAAUGUCAGUGGAGAAGUACACACAAAAUCUGUUAAUGACUCAUUCUUUCUAUCAUCUGAUAUUAACAGUACUAUUAGGGUUUUAACUGGCAUGUGGGCACUAACAUAAUUAUUUAAAAUACCAUUUGAAUUAUUAGUUUGGUAUGAAUUUUUCUAUCUCAGUAUAUUUACAGAUGCUUAUAAGCUUAAAAAGUAUACUUUCAGCAUUUAAUGAGGUUAAACAUCCCACUAAUAUAAUUUAGCGAUGUAGUUUAACUUGGACUAUCUGGUCCUGAUCAGAUAGAUAAAUUAAGCUGGAGGGUAUACAUUUAUCCCCACCCAGUUAACAUCUAUACUUGGAAAUGUGAGGCUCCUUCCUAAGGCUUCUCCUUAAUCCUGCCACUGCCCUAAUUCUAGAGUCUUAUUUAUAUUCCCCUCAGCUUUCAUUCAUUUCUCUCUCAGAGUUGUUCCCCAGUCAGAAGAUCAUCUUGCCUCCUGGUUUAUACACUUGAUAUUCAUUUUUUGGGUAGGCUUGGAGCUGCACCCCACAAUCUUAGACCGGCAGGAGCAAAGCUGCCUUAGGAGUUGUAGUUGCAAGAGCUUAAAUCAAAUUGAAGGCUUCAGUUGUCCCUUUGGUCUUACUCACUCUUGAUUUGUUCUGAGUACGGGUUGCAAGCUAUUAGUAGUUAUGUGUACAUUGCGUUGCCAUGGCAAAGGUCUUUGCCUAGGAAAAUUUUAAAUACAAAAUCCCUGAACUGUUAAUUUUUGUAUAAUAAUUUAUUUUAAAAUGAACAAAAAGGUUGUUCUUAGAAUCCAAAGAGAAUCUCAAAACAAUCUUCUUCUUUGGAAGUAUUCAAUGUACUCAAAUUUGCACUUAACUGAAGAAUGUUUUGAGACUAUUUAGGCUGUUUUUAAAAUAGCUUGAUCUUGAUCCUUUAUGUGAAAGAAAUAUGUUGUGACAUUGUGUUAUUAUUUGAGGUGCUAAGGAUUGACAUUGAAGGUUUAUUCAGUCUAUAGUCAGGUGAUGUCAUGUCAAUAAAUUUUAUUUUGGAAUGUUCGUAUUUUAGGAAGAUCUAAUGAGUCAACACCUUUAAGCAGGCAAAAUAGUAAACCCUACUAAUCAUGUAAGAUUUUGAACACUUGUAUCCUUUAUAUUUUUAAAUUAUUGGUCAGAGGUAAGCCAGAUUAUUUCAUUGUAAUGGAAAAUUAGAGCACUUUGACCAUUUAUUUUUUUCAACAAAUACUCAUUAACUGAAAGAAUAAGUAUGGCUAAUACUAGUGAAUCUAUCAAAUGUUCAUGCUGUUUGAUAUAUUUUAUGGGAAACUUUUGUUAAUGUUACAACUGGGAAAUAACUAAAGAUUCUGUUAAGUAAAUUCUUAACCUUUCCAUUUUUCAUUUCUUAGAUUUAAAAACAACUUUUAUAUAUUCUACUUUUUUAUUUGGAUUGCUCAUUGUUCUGUUUAAAAUAUCUUCUUUAAACAGGUGUAGUUUUUUAAAGAUUGAGCUGACAACUCUUGAUAUGUGAAUAUAGUUGCUGAGUUUACAAAAAAAAUGUUAUGAUUGCUAGGGACUAACAGUACAAACUUAUUCUUGUUAAACUUAACAGUAAGUGAAUUUUAAGCAAUUUCAAAAUUUUUUGUCCAGCAGAGAAGAAAACUUCUGUUACAGAUUAUCUCUGACAGAAAAUCUUAUUUUGAGGUUUAUAGAUUAUAGACAAAAAAAGGUCAUGUGGAAAAUCCAACUUCCAUGUUCAGUAACUUGAGUACAGAAUUUAUAACAAAAUUUAUCUUAAAUCUAAAUAAGCUUUAUGAGAUAUUUGUAGUUUUUGCAAGGCAUUAGAAAAACUUUCAGAAUUACAGAGUACUGAAGUAUAAUUUCAACCAGCUAGUCUAGUUGUUGAGUGUCCAAUCACCUUCUGCAUAAUCCUUUGUGAACUGCUUUUUCGUUCAUGGAGAAGGGAGUUCUCUUUUUGUGUACAUACAUACAUAUUUCCUUGUGUAAUAUAAAGCAGAUGCAAAAUUUUAGUUCUAAAUUAUUCAAUUGUUAGACAUCACAGAAAUUUGUAUAUUAACUAAUUUAUUAUAAAGCUCCUUUACAACUUUUAAAGGUAAGAAGUUCUAUUAUGAUUUUUUACAAAAUCAAACAGCAUGGCUUAGAAUGUCAGCCUUCUGCUUUAAAUGUGUCUAUAUUCAUGGAGUUUCCAUUCAGUGCAGAGAUGGUAAGGAUAACAUCUAGUCAUUAAUGGUUUACCUUUACCAGACCACCAGAACACUACCUAAAAUGGUUUCAGUGACUUUAGAAAAAAUAUUUUGAAGGUAUAUGAUUGCAUCAGAUUGAACUUUUACCUAAAUAUCUGCUCUUAACAUUCUGCUUUACCCUUUGGAAUUACCUUCUAAGGUUUGGUCACACCAGCAAACUGAAACAGAUCUUAAUGUAAAUAAAGAAUUUCUACUAACAUUACUCAUCUGUGUAACAGUUUUAGAAACAAAUUACUGCCUUGUAUGUCCACUAGUAGCAAUAUGGUGUUUCAGGUGUGAUCUAGUCUUUCACGGGUGUGAUUAGUUACAUAUGUCACGUUUAUGUUUUUAUACUUAAUAUCAAGCUUUCUUUGUAUCUUAUAAGAUAGUAAUUUCCUUCAUGUUGGGUUCCAAAGAACAAGCAAAACUUCAUUUCUGUAGUAUCAAGCAAUUACCGGAAGUCAAUUUUUUUCACCUUCUAGAACUUUUCAUUCAUGUAUUACCUAUUUUUAUUAGUGACAAAAUCAUGUGUUGAAAUCUAAUUGUGAGAAAGGUCCAGCUUGUCAUCAAGUGAUUCUAUCAUACUGAAUGUCAUUUCGAAGAACUAACCUUUCUUUUCCUAAGCAUCUGUAUGUGUUCUAAAACUUCCACUAUAUUUAUAGAACUUAGAAAAUAUAUUAUUCAGAAAUGCAAGUCUUACUGGAAUAUUAAUACCUUUGUUUUCUUGGUAGGUUUUUUUUUAAGUUUAAAAAAGUAGUAAUUAAAUCUAUAUUUUGUGAUUGUUUCCUGAUUUGUGUUUUGAAAUUCUUUUCCCCAGUUUUGUUUAUGAAGAUGUGUUUAGAUAAUGAGUUUGUUUAGAUACUGAAUGAUUUUGUUAAAGGCACAAUUAAUCACAUUGGUUGUACUUUGCAGACAGUAAAAAAAAUAAACAGAAUUUAAAACGUG